AUGGGACCCAACGGUUCACGGCGGCCCCAUGUCAAGUCCAGGAACGGAUGCGCCCAGUGCAAGGCAAGGAGGAUAAAAUGCGAUGAACUGCCUCCGCGUUGCAGGAAUUGUCAGAAACGACGGAUAAGAUGUGACUAUGAGGAUCUCUUCGGCUUGAACUCUCAAGUUCCAACAUCCGCCAAACCACCGGAACCGAAUCUAAAGAUCUAUAUACACCCGCUAUCUGGCGUCACCAGCGGGGUUUCCUCGAAGACUCAAGACCAAGCUUUGUCACGGGCAGUAUCACAGGCUGCCUGUCUCAAUGCUCCGCUUGAAAGAUCUCUCGGUCCCUCGCCCUUUUCUUCCGAGGACAUGGAGCUGAUCCACCACUACGCGACCAUCACCAGCCUAACCCUAGCCGAGGAUGGAAGAAAGAGGAAGCUCUGGCAGCACGCGAUCCCACAGCAGGCGCAAUUGUUCCCCUUUCUUCUGAACAACCUCCUAUCCCUCGCCGCCUUGCACCUGGCUCACCUCCGCCCUUCUGAGCAAGGGAGAUUCACCUACCUCGCCGCCAAGCACCAGUCUCAAUGCAUCAAAGCCGCCCAGCGGCGCAAGCCGGGCAUCACCCACGAGAACUGCAGCGCCGUUAUAGUCUGCUCCGGAUUGCUCCUCCUCCACGAGCUGGCCGUCCUUCACCCGUCCUACUUCGUCCACGCGCGCUCUACUGAUCCCCUGGACGAAUUCCUCGACAAAGUCCUCUUGAUGCGACGCAUCCUCAUCCUGUGGAAGAUGGGAAUGCCCAUGUUCAAAACCGGCCCGGUUCGUGACCUAGUCCUGCACUCCCACAAGAUGCACGGCGCCAGAUCGCCCGUGCUGCGUGACGCACGGGCCGCGACUGAGCAGCUGCGCGAGCUCAACGCGUGUCUGACCGGGGGAGAAGAUGAGCGAGCAGCAUACGCCGCCGCCAUCGAUCGUCUGUGGGAGUGCUACGAGGAAGCGCUGUGCAUACCGUCCGACUGGGUCAUGACGAUAAGCUGGCCUUUCUACGUGCCGGAAUCAUACAUCGAGCUUCUCACGCAGAAGCGACCCUUGGCGCUGGUGAUCAUUACGCACUUCGUGACGCUGUUGAGUUUUCCAGCAAAUAGAUGGUGGGCGAAUGGGUGGCCGGGUCCUGUGGUCCGGGCUUUGGCGAGGAAUGUCGAGGGGCCAUGGCGCGUUGCGCUGGAGUGGCCAGCGAGGAUGGUUGGCGUGGAGAUCUGCAAGGAAGGUUUCGGGAGGGAAGAAAAGCAACCGCUGAUAGUUAAGUAUCUGAGCGCAAGAAGCCAAAACAAGAACAAUCUGGUUUAUCAGAAUGUCGGACUUUAG